AUGUCUAGCUUAUCCAUCAAACGCUUGGUCGCAUUAGAUCAUGAUUGGGCGGUUUUUAGCUCAAAGCGGGAGAAAUUAUACGAUAAUGGCCGAGUUGCUCGUGAGGAAUACACCGUCGGAUGGAUAUCGGCUUUGCCACUUGAGAUGAAAGCUGCGAGGGCAAUGUUGGAUGACAUCCACGACGACUGUGAAAGCCCACCAACAGACAACAAUACGUACAUUUUUGGCAGCAUGGCCGGACAUAAUUGCGUAAUUGCUUGCUUGCCUGCGGGAAUCUAUGGCACUACUUCUGCGACCAUUGUUGGAAAUGAGAUGCGUCACAGUUUUCCUAAUAUGCAAUUCUGUCUCUUGGUUGGUGUCGCAGGGGGGGCUCCCACAGAAAAUACAGAUAUUCGACUCGGUGAUGUGGUUGCAGAAUUUAAGAGGGACAUAGAUUUUCGCAUAUCAAAGCUAGUGUCUGAUAUGCUGCAACGACACCCGGAAAUGAGGGGCGAGUAUUUGCACAGGGGUCAGGAACGAGAUAUCUUGUUUGAAUCAGAAUAUGAACAUUUACAGGGCCAGGCUACAUGCGACAAUUGCGAUCAGCACCGAGUGCGAAAAAGUCCCCUUCGAGCUUCCUUGGACCCUACCAUCCAUUACGGCACUAUUGCUUCCGGAAAUCAGGUCAUCAAACAUGCACACACAAGAGACAAGUUUGCCGGUGAGCUGGGGAACUUGUGCUUCGAGAUGGAAGCUGCUGGCUUAAUGGACGUCUUUCCCUGCUUGGGGCGAUACUACGAGUCAAUCGCAACCAGCUUUGGUCGAGCAGCGUCGAGCGCUUUAGCUUUUGACCAAAUUGAGGCACGUUAUAUGACAAUCAAGAAUGCCCAUUUAGAGACUUGCCAAUGGCUCUUGAACCACUGUCGAUACAAGGAUUGGCUUAACCCUGAAAAGAUGAGCGAGCAUCACGGUUUUCUAUGGAUCAAAGGAAAACCAGCAGCUGGAAAAUCAACAAUCAUGAAGUUCAUCUUCACAAGAACUAAGUACUCGGCCACGGGAACUAUCAUAGUCUCAUACUUCUUCAACGCAAGAGGUGAAGAAUUAGAAAAGUCCGUCCUUGGCAUGUACCGAUCACUGCUCUAUCAGCUUCUUCACGAAUUACCUCAUCUUCGUCAGGUAUUGGAUUCGAUACACCUUGUUUCUCCCGCACAGAGUUGGAGUAUUGAGGUGUUGAAGAAUAUUUUUCAGAGAGCCGUCGAACAACUUAACCAGUAUUCUCUAAUGUGUUUCAUCGACGCUCUUGAUGAAUGCAAAGAGGAUGGUAUCCGAGACAUGCUUUCUUUCUUUGAACAACUCGGUCAUCUCACGGCUUCAGCUGGAAGUCAUUUCCGUGUCUGUUUCUCUAGCAGACAUUACCCCCAUAUUAGUAUAUCACACGGUAUCGAUUUGACACUAGAAAGCCAGGACGGCCACCAGAAAGAUAUCACAAACUACAUACACGCAGAACUUAAGGCUGGAACGGGCAAGGCAGUUGAUGAAAUAAGGGAUGAGUUACUGAACAGAGCAUCGGGGAUUUUCCUAUGGGUGGUACUCGUCGUACAGAUGCUCAACAAAGAAUACGACCGUGGCCGUAUACAUGCGCUUCGAAAAAGACUUGGGGAGAUACCAGAUGGACUACAUGAACUAUUUGAAGAUAUUAUCACCAGAAACGGUCAGAAUACGGAGCAAACUGUCCUCUGUCUGCAGUGGAUUCUCUUUGCCAGGCGUCCCUUAAGCAUUGACGAGUCUUACUUCGCGAUAAUAUCCGGAUUCGGCAGAGAUGAAAGGUUUAUCGUGGAAUGGUUUCCCGAACUUUUUAGUCCGGAGAUAAUGCGUCUAUUCGUACUAGAUUUGUCAAAGGGGCUCGCGGAAAUCACCCGAUCGAGGGUACCAAGAGUCCAGUUCAUACACGAAUCAGUGCGUGAUUUUCUUCUUGAAGAGGGUGGCCUGGGUAGAAUUCAAUCUCAACCUCAAAGCUUCACAGGUUCAAGCCAUGAUCGUCUGAAGCAAUGCUGCAUGACCUAUAUUGAAAUCGACCCGGCCGUGUAUAUGCCGAUAAAGUUGCCGUUGCCUACAGCUUCCUCUAGAUGCAAAAGAUCUUCGUCAGCAAAUUCCCAGAAGAUUUCCGUUUCUCGAGUAUGCGGUGAAAAAUGUACUCCACCAUGCCAAUUCUGCAGAACAAUUCGGCGUUGGAUAGGCUAG